AUGUCAUCUGAGGGUAUUAUCUAUGAUCCUCAGUUCAAGCCUGUUCAAGGAAUCUAUGAAAAUAGAUUAAGACAGUUUACUGAUACUGGUGGAGACUACCAUGACUUAAAUUUGCCCAAGUUUUAUGACAAAAAACGUAUUUCAUUAGAUCAUGACCAUGUGAAAGUUUGGUGGUACCAGGUCUCCUUUGAACGUGGUUCUUCUCCCGUUUCUCCCGAUAAGAGGCCAUCUUGGAAGUCUAUCAUUGAACGUGACCGGAAGGGUGAAUUGGAAUUUAGGGAGGCUAACAUAAACCAGCCUUUUGGGCCUAGUUGGUCUACCACUUGGUUCAAAGUAAAAAUUUCCCUGCCCGAAGACUGGAUCAAAUCUAAUGAGCAGUUACUUUUCCAAUGGGAUUGCUCUAAUGAAGGGAUUGUCAUAGACCCAAGAACUUUAAUUCCUGUGACUGCCUUCUCUGGCGGUGAAAGAACUGAAUAUCUUUUACCGAAAUCGGCGGAUGGGGAACAUUUCUUUUACAUUGAAGCCGGUAACAACGGUAUGUUUGGUUGCGGUGCAGGAUCCACCAUAAAUCCACCAGAUGAUAAUAGGUUCUUUCACUUGAGGAAGGCAGAUAUUGUUUGGCCCGAUUUGGACGCUCGCGGUCUGUAUAUCGAUUUCUGGAUGUUGAGUGACGCUGCAAGAGAGCUGCCUGGAGACUCUUGGCAAAAACAUCAGGCAAGACAACUAGGUAACGCUGUUAUGGAUCUUUUUGAUCCGAAUGAUCGUUCAAGUGUGCGGAAAUGCCGUGAUUUGAUUCAGAAGCAGUUUUUCGAUUCAUUUUCCGAGAGCUGUAAAGUUUAUGAACAAGGUGAAUCUCAAGUCUUAACUAAUGUUUAUGGUAUUGGUAAUUGCCAUAUAGAUACAGCUUGGCUAUGGCCGUUCGCGGAAACAAGAAGGAAGAUUGUGAGGUCAUGGUCUUCUCAAUGUACUUUAAUGGAUCGCUUCCCGGAGUACAAAUUUGUUGCUUCACAAGCUCAACAAUUUAAGUGGUUAUUGGAGGAUCAUCCUGAGUUCUUCAAGAAAGUACUAAUUCCCAAGAUUCAGCAAUCCCAAUUUUUUGCAGUUGGAGGAACAUGGGUUGAGAACGACACUAAUAUUCCCUCAGGAGAAUCAUUGGCCAGACAGUUUUUUUUCGGACAAAGAUUCUUCUUAAAGCAUUUUGGUAUCAAGUCGAAGAUUUUUUGGCUACCUGACACGUUUGGUUACUCUUCACAAAUGCCACAGCUUUGUCGCUUAUCUGGAAUUGACAAGUUUUUGACUCAAAAACUUUCUUGGAAUAACAUCAACAGUUUCCCACAUAGCACGUUCAACUGGGCGGGUAUUGAUGGGUCCCAAGUACUAACACACAUGCCUCCUGGUAAUACUUAUACUGCCGACUCUCACUUUGGAGACGUCUUGCGCACCGCUAAGCAGAAUAAAACGCCUGAAUGUUACGGAUCCGGUUUGAUGUUAUACGGGAAAGGUGACGGUGGUGGUGGGCCAACUGAGGAGAUGCUACAAAAGAUGAGGCGCAUAAGGUCUAUGAACAACAGAAAUGGCAAUGUUAUCCCGAAAUUACAAGUUGGCAUAACAGUUGAUGAGUUUUACGAUGAUAUUUUGAAAAGAACUAAUCAAGGCCAUGACUUACCCACUUGGAAUGGCGAAUUGUAUUUUGAAUUCCACAGAGGAACGUACACCAGUCAAGCCGAAACCAAGAAAUUCAUGAGGUUAUCUGAAAUUAAACUACAUGAUUUGGAAUGGAUAGCCGCCAAGACAUCUGUUUUAUAUCCCGAUUCAUAUGAGUACCCAUCGAAGGAAAUUAACAGUCUCUGGGAGAAUGUUCUAUUAUGUCAAUUUCACGAUGUUCUGCCAGGUUCUUGUAUUGAAAUGGUCUAUAAGUAUGAGGCCAUCCCUAUGUUGCAAAACGUUGUCAAAAAAUGCGCUUCAUUAAUAGACAAGACACUUCAAUUUCUUCAGAGCCAGAGUAAGGCUGACCUUGUUGAGAUGGGAACAUUGACUUGGUCAAAACCUGAAAGUAAUUCUAGGGAAUGCUCUUUAGAUGGAAGCUACACUUCUUCAGUAACCGGGUACGAUGACUAUAUAGUCCUUGCUAACGGGAAGUUGAAGAUUAUUAUCUGUAAAAAGAGCGGUGUGAUUACGAGUAUUACAGAUGAAACUUUGGGAGUAGAAUACCUGGAUACGAAACAUGGUAGGAACCAAUUGGGCGCUAAUCAGUUCGUCAUUUUUGAUGAUAAACCCCUGGGCUGGCAAGCUUGGGACACUGAGCUUUAUUCCGUGAAUCAAUAUAAGUAUAUUACCAAGCCAAAGAAGGUUCAGGUAUCCUGCAACACUAAAGAAAAGUGCGCUGUUGAGGUCAUCUUUCAAAUUUCCGAGAAAUGCAAGGUCAGAUCGAUAAUAUCACUUGAUGCAACUACAGCCAACGAGGCUAAGUUAAGUAAGGUUGACAUUACUACAACGGUAGAGAACUGGGAUGCUAGAAACAAGUUUUUAAAAGUUGAAUUUCCUGUCAAUAUUCGUAGCGAUUUCGCAUCGUAUGAAACUCAGUUCGGUAUUACCAGAAGACCAACCCAUUAUAAUACUUCAUGGGAUGUUGCAAAGUUUGAAGUUUGUCAUCAUAAAUUUGCUGAUUAUUCUGAAUACAGCAAAGGUGUUUCAAUUUUGAACGAUUGCAAGUAUGGCUUUUCCACGCACGGCAACUUGAUGAGGUUGUCAUUGUUGAGAUCUCCAAAGGCCCCAGAUGCUCAUGCUGAUAUGGGAACUCACGAGAUAAAAUAUGCUAUCUAUCCACAUAGGGGGGCACUAUCCAGCGACACUGUCAAGCUGGCCCAUGAAUUCAAUUACAAUUUUAGAUACAAACUCCCCAGGAAUAUUGGUCAAAGUUUUGAUGAUAUCAUAAGCAUUUCCGGCGAUGAUAAUGUCAUUUUGUCCAACAUAAAAAGAGGUGAAGAAGAUAGUGCUAUCAAGUCCAAUUAUUCUAUAAAACCAAAAGAUGAACAAAGCAUUGUGGUAAGAGUCUACGAAUCUCUUGGGGGGGAAUCUUUUGCUUCAUUAAAUACCACACUGAAUCUGAAGCGUAUUGAAAAAAUCGAUAAUUUGGAAAUGAAAGUUUAUAAGAGCUUGACAGCUACACGAGACGAAUCAGACCAUGCAAUCAAUAGGAUUCCUAUAAAGUUGAGACCUUUUGAGAUUGCUUCAUUCAGGUUGUAUUUCUGA